AUGCGGUGCUAUGCUACGCUAUGCCAUGCCAUGCCAUGCUGUGCUGUCAUGCUGUGCCAUGCUGUGCUAUGCCAUGCUGUGCUAUGCCAUGCUGUGCCAUGCUGUGCUAUGCCAUGCUGUGCUACGCCAUGCCAUGCUAUGCUACGCCAUGCCAUGCUGUGCUAUGCCAUGCUGUGCUACGCUAUGCCAUGCUGUGCUGUCAUGCUGUGCUAUGCCGUGCUAUGCCAUGCUUUCCUAUGCUAUGCCAUGCUAUGCUGUUCCGUGCUAUGCUGUGCUACACUAUGCCAUGCCAUGCUGUGCUAUGCCAUGCUGUGCCAUGCCAUGCUGUGCUAUGCCAUGUUAUGCUGUGCUAUGCCAUGUUAUGCUGUGCUAUGCUAUGCUGUGCCAUGCCAUGCUGUGCUAUGCCAUGCUGUGCUAUGCCAUGUUAUGCUGUGCUAUGCUAUGCUGUGCUAUGCUAUGCUGUGCCAUGCCAUGCUGUGCUAUGCCAUGCUGUGCUAUGCUAUGCUGUGCCAUGCCAUGCUGUGCUAUGCCAUGCUGUGCUAUGCCAUGCUAUGCCAUGCUGUGCUAUGCCAUGCUGUGCUGUGCUAUGCUAUGCUGUGCUAUAGCACUGUAUGUCUUACGCAGAGGUGA